AUGUGUGUAUGGUGCUGGAGGUGCUGGGCCACCAGCUUCUCAAAUGGAUCAUCAAGUCCAACUACCAGGGCCUGCCCGUGCCCUGCGUGAAGAGCAUCGUGAGGCAGGUGCUGCAUGGCCUGGACUACCUCCAUACCAAGUGCAAGAUCAUCCACACGGACAUUAAGCCCGAGAACAUCCUGCUAUGUGUGGGGGACGCCUACAUCAGGCGCCUGGCUGCCGAGGCCACGGAGUGGCAACAGGCAGGGGCGCCACCCCCUUCCCGCUCCAUAGUCAGCACUGCCCCCCAGGAGGUCUGGCAGACCGGUAAGCUGUCCAAAAACAAGAGGAAGAAGAUGAGGCGCAAACGGAAACAGCAGAAGCGGCUGCUGGAGGAGCGGCUGCGGGACCUGCAGAGACUGGAGGCCAUGGAGGCUACGACCCACGCUGAGGACUCUGGCUUGAGACUAGACGGGGGCAGCGGCUCCACCUCCUCUUCAGGCUGCCACCCCGAGGGUGCCAGAGCAGGUCCCUCCCCAGACUCUUCCUCCCCUGCCCCGAGGGAUGGCCGUAGCCUCAGCCCCGGCUCACAGACCUCAGGCUUCUCCGGCUCCCUCUUCUCUCCUGCCUCCUGCUCCAUCCUCUCCGGCUCAUCCAAUCAGCGAGAGACCGGGGGCCUCUUGUCACCUAGCACACCAUUUGGUGCCUCGAACCUCCUGGUGAACCCCCUGGAGCCCCAAAAUGCAGAUAAGAUCAAGAUCAAGAUCGCAGACCUGGGCAACGCCUGCUGGGUGCACAAGCACUUCACAGAGGACAUCCAGACUCGGCAGUACCGGGCCGUUGAGGUGCUGAUUGGCGCCGAAUAUGGCCCCCCAGCAGACAUCUGGAGCACAGCCUGCAUGGCCUUCGAGCUGGCCACUGGUGACUACUUGUUUGAGCCACAUUCUGGAGAAGACUACAGUCGUGAUGAGGACCACAUCGCUCACAUCGUGGAGCUUCUGGGGGACAUCCCCCCAGCCUUCGCCCUCUCAGGCCGCUAUUCCCGGGAGUUCUUCAACCGGAGAGGAGAGCUGCGGCACAUUCACAAUCUCAAGCACUGGGGCCUGUACGAGGUGCUCAUGGAAAAGUACGAGUGGCCCCUAGAGCAGGCCACGCAGUUCAGUGCCUUCCUGCUGCCCAUGAUGGAGUACAUCCCCGAAAAGCGGGCCAGUGCCGCUGACUGCCUCCAGCACCCCUGGCUCAACCCCUAGGCCCGGCCACGGCUCUGCCUCCAGCUCUCCCUGCCUUGAGGGAAAAGUGGCACAGCUCCCCACAACUGCAGGGCAGAAGAGACGCUGGAGCCAGGCCCGGCUCUCAGAGCGUAUUCUGCCUGAGACUCCCAGGAGGGCCCUUGGAGAAAGUGUGUGUGUUCCUUUCUUAAUAAAGCGUGGACUGAACAUCGGUGCCUGGAGUGAGGGAGGCCCACG